CAGAACUCGGGGGUGUGAAGUGAGCUCAGGCUGCGUGGAGAGUUGCUGACAAAAGGACUUUUCUCCACCUAGAAACCGACUGCGCGUUAAUUGCGCGCUCAUUUUUUUGUAAAAAAAAAAAAAAAAAAAUUGGAGAAGAAGCCACCAGCCGCGUGGUGGUACAAAAAAACAAACAAACAAAAAAAGAAAACCGGAGCCAUAACACGCAGGAGGCGGUUGUGCGCAACAAAGGAGGGCAGACCGAGGAUCCGCGCCGUGGAUGUUUACAACUGACACCUGGAGGGAAAUGUCGUGGAUGUCCGUGCGUAAAAGCAGUGGAUGUCCGUGCGUCAAAGCAGUCUUCUGAGGCCAAGUGCAAGUUGAGCGCGGUGUCCUGCACGAUGAGAUCCGGGCCGUAGAUGCGCCGUCGCCCCGCUGCUAUUUCCACCCGGACAUGCCUGCGCGUUUUGAGCUUGCGGGGAAAAGCUCCGGCCACGGUUACGCGCAAACACAUGUCGCCCCACUCAGCCGUGACUGCGCGUCGCCGUGGGCCCGAGCGCGGAGUCGCGGCGGUGUGGGCUGCGCGGCGUGUGCGCUGGUGUUGGCCACGCUGCUGAGGUGCGCACACUGGAGCUGUGAGCGCGCACUCCCGCAGUCGUGCGCUCGCCCCCACUCGCUCGCAGGGUGCCUCGCCGAGCUGCUGCUCGCUUGCUGGGCUGCGCUCUCGCCCUUCCUCGCCCUCCUGUGCGCCUUCUUCUGGCUCGGCGUCUACGUGAUCCGCUGCGGGGUGCUUCUCCGGACCGCGCUCUCGCUCCUGACCGUGUGCCACCUGGCCGAAGCGGCGACUCGGAGCCUCUUGGACGGACCGCAUGAGGCCGCGGCCGUGCUGGUUCAGGUGUGCCUGGUCAGCGGCGCACUGAUGGUCGCGCGUCCGGACCAAGGCGCGUCUGUGGUCGUGGUCAUCAGCAUCGUGCGAACCAUCUCCCUCUUCUCGCUGCACAAGGUCCGCUCCGCUUGGAGGCCCUACGUGGCGUACCUGCUCGGCGUGGUGGGCAUCCUGCUGGCGAGGUAUGCUGACAGGCUCCUCGCCGGCCCAGGGAGACUCGAGGAGGGCUGCACCCCCGCGACCGGAGCCCGGGAAGGCGGCCCCGCAUUUAAAAGGCGCAGGAGGUCCAGUUUGGGGGUAGCCUCAGACAUGGCGCACAGUCAGUCCAACAGCAAGUCACAUCGCAGGACUUCUCUGCCAUGCAUCCAGAGGGACCAGAUGCUGUCCCGCUCAGACUGGGACCACAAGAGAGGCUCCCGAGGUUCACAGUCAUUGGGCACCAGUGUCAUGGUGGACAUAGCCGUGAUGGGAGAAGCCCACGGCCUCGUCACCGACCUGCUGGCCGAGCCCUCGCUGCCCUCCAACAUCUGCACCUCGCUGCGGGCAGUCAGCAACCUGCUGACCACGCAGCUAACCUUCCAGCCCUUGCACCGGCCACGCCCUGCUCUUCUGCUAAACCCCUCUGACGCCUACGUCUGCUCCGACUCAGAGGAUGGACCCGAGAAGGGGGAGAAGACCUCCAUCCAUAAGCGUCUGAGGCGGAGUCUCCACCCGGGCCUCCUGAGAAGAAUCUCCUCCACGUGGACAACCACCACCUCCGCCACAGGACUGCCCACCAUCGAGCCGGGGCCCGUUUGCAGGGACCGCAGCGCCAGCAUCAAGCCCUACCACGAAACACUGACCUGCAGUUGUGGAAGACCGUACAUCCGACUGAGCCAUGGAGAGGGCUCCAUGGAUAAGGGAGACCGGAUACCACGUUCAGAAGACCAAGUGCUGGUGUCAUCAGACUACGACAGUACCCACGAAGCCAACCACAGUGACAGCAGUGACGUAGCACAUACCGAGGAGGACUCCUCCCAGAAUGUCAUCCUCCACCCGCUAAUACCUCCAGAGGACAAACCUAUUCUGGCUCCAGAGCCGCUAUUAAUGGAAGACUUAGAGCCCAUAAUGAGUCAGCUAAACAAUUGGAACUUCCCCGUCUUCUGCUUGAUGGAGAAGACCAGCGGCAAAUGUGGACGGAUCCUCAGUCAGGUCUCUUACAGGCUUUUUGAGGAUACUGGUUUGUUUAAGACCUUCAAGAUCCCCAUUAACGAAUUCAUGAACUACUUCCAUGCCCUUGAGAAUGGUUACAGAGACAUACCAUAUCAUAACAGGGUCCACGCCACAGAUGUGCUCCAUGCCGUCUGGUACCUCACAACACAGCCAGUUCCAGGUCUGCCCAGUCUCCUUACUGACCACAGCUCUGCUAGUGACUCAGACUCUGACAGUGGAAUAACUCACAGUCAUAUGGGCUUCCUGGUAUCAAAGACAAACAGCGUGUUAGAGGAUGGUUAUGGCUGUCUGUCCGGCCUCAUACCAGCCCUGGAGCUCAUGGCGCUCUACGUGGCGGCCGCCAUGCACGACUACGACCACCCUGGGAGGACCAACGCCUUCCUGGUGGCUACCAGCGCCCCACAGGCGGUGCUCUACAACGACCGUUCAGUUCUAGAAAACCACCACGCUGCCUCGGCCUGGAAUCUCCUCCUGUCCCGACCGGAGUUCAACUUCCUCGCCAACUUGGACCACGUGGAGUUCAAGCGUUUCCGUUUCCUGGUCAUCGAGGCCAUCCUGGCCACCGAUUUGAAGAAGCACUUUGAUUUUCUUGCAGAGUUCAAUGCCAAGGUGGGAGAUGAUCCAUCUACAGGGAUUGAUUGGUCCAACGAGAACGACAGGUUGCUGGUCUGCCAGAUGUGCAUCAAGCUGGCUGACAUAAACGGGCCCCUAAAGUGCAAAGACCUGCAUUUGCAGUGGACAGAGGGCAUUGUCAAUGAGUUCUAUGAACAGGGCGAUGAAGAGUCCACUUUGGGUCUUCCCGUCAGCCCCUUCAUGGACCGAGCCGCACCACAGUUGGCCAAACUCCAGGAGUCGUUCAUCACCCACAUUGUGGGACCUCUUUGCAACUCUUACGACUCUGCUUGCCUCAUGCCGGGACGAUGGGUGGAACCCACGACGGAUGCAGAGGAGCCUGAAAGCACAGAGAAUGAGGAGGAGGAGGAGGAGGAGGAGGAAGAGGAGGACAAUGCAGAGGAAGACACGUCCAGCAGCUUAGAGUCAUCACAGAAAGCAGCCCCUAAGAAAAGGAGGAAAGUAUUCUGCCAGAUCACCCAUCAUCUGCUGGAGAACCACGAGAUGUGGAAGAAAGUGAUCGCCGAGGAGGCACAGAAGCAGGGCCAAGGAACUGAGUCGGUCCACGCGAACAAUGUAGCAGAGCCCAUUUUGGCGAUCCAUGAGGAGGAAGAGGAGCCGGGCAGCAGAGAGGAGGCGGCGGAAGGGGAGGACCCCGAGGAGGCGGAGGAGGAGCCGGAGUGGCCCGUGUCCCCGCAGGAGAUGGACGGAGAGUGAACGGGACACAUGGUGUGAGUCAAGGACUAGGACUUGUAUUUCUCCUUUCUGUUAUACUAUUUACUGACUUUUUUUAUUUGUAUUUUUUGCCAGCACAUCACUUUAGACACAACACUGUAGAUGAGGAAAUGUGUGCCUACAAAGAAUUUAAAAAAACAAACAAAAAAAACAAACAGGGUGGGAAAUUUUUGUGCUAUACACAUUUUAUGGAAAUAAUUGAUUCCACCAAACAUUUAAAGGCCUACUGAAAUGAGAUUGUCUUAUUUAAACGGGGAUAGCAGGUCCAUUCUAUGUGUCAUACUUGAUCAUUUCGCGAUAUUACCAUAUUUUUGCUGAAAGGAUUUAGUAGAGAACAUCCACGAUAAAGUUCGCAACUUUUGGUCGCUAAUAAAAAAAGCCUUGCCUGUACCGGAAGUAGCAGACGAUGUGCGCGUGAUGUCACGAGUUGUGGAGCUCCUCACAUCUGAACAUUGUUUACAAUCAUGGCCACCAGCAGCGAGAGCGAUUCGGACCAAGAAAGCAACAAUUUCCCCAUUAAUUUGAGCAUGGAUGAAAGAUUCGUGGAUGAGAUAAGUGAGAGUGAAGGACUAGAAAAGACAAAAAAAAAGACUGUACAGUGGGAGCGAUUCAGAUGUUAUUAGACAAAUUUACUAGGAUAAUUCUGGAAAAUCCCUUGUCUGCUUAUUGUGUUACUAAUGUUUUAGUGAGAUUAUAUGGUCGUACCUGAAAGUCGGAGGGGUGUGGCUACGGGUGUGUUGACCGCCAGUGUCUCCGUGGGAAGCCACGUUUCUCGACAAGGCAAGGCAGCCGAGCUGAGAUUUUUUUUUCCCCCCCUCCACGGUCUAAGCAUCCGACGGUCAGGGGCGGCCGGUAGGAGGAGGCAAGAGAGUUCGCAGCUGCAGUAAGAACGACGCAAACUCUCCGCUCAUGUGUACGGUAAGAGCCGACUUAUUGCCACCAUUUUCUCACCGAAACCUGCUGGUGUACAUGUGGUAGGGAACCAUGUUUGCUUAACCGCUCUGUUCCAUAGUAAAGCUUCACCGUCAGCCUUCGGGAAUGUAAACAAGGAAACACCGGCUGUGUUUGUGUUGCUAAAGCCGGCCGCAAUACACCGCUUCCCACAUACAUCUUUCUUCUUUGACGUCCCCAUUAUUAAUUGAACAAAUUGCAAAAGAUUCAGCAACACAGAUGUCCAGAAUACUGUGGAAUUAUGCGAUUAAAGCAGACUACUUAUAGCUGGGAUCCGUGCUGGAAGAACAUGUCCGCUACAAUCCGUGACGUCACACGCACGCGUCAUCAUUCCGCGACGUUUUCAACAGGAUGCUUUGCACGAAAUUUAAAAUUACAAUUUAGUAAACUGGCAUGUGUUGCAAUGUUAAUAUUUCAUCAUUGAUAUAUAAAGUAUCAGACUGCAUGGUCGCUAGUAGUGGCUUUCAGUAGGCCUUUAAAGGAGCUUUCCAUCUUGCAAUAUGAGAUUAUGCAUGGUCCUUUGGCGUACAGACUCUUUUGCUACUGUCCAGAGAAGAGGCAGACCUCCACCACAGUGUGGUGACGCGGGACUGAGGGAAUUUUGCUGCCAAUUUAUAUAUAUAUAAAUAUUUUCCGAAUGCAAUUAUUCAUGGACACGUGAGUUACUCGUGCUUCGAUUCCAGCGGGAGAUUUGGAGUAAAAUGGACAUUUAUGGAAUACCUAAUGAAAGGGGUAAAUCCAAUGAGGGGCGUAGGUGUCAUUUCCUUCAUUUCUGCCAAAAUGAAUUACGACAAGACACAAUCAAAUAUUUGUAAAUGU